UUGAAAACUUGCACGGUGAGGGACGCUCUGGAGGAGAAAGGCAACGCAGCGAGCUAAACACAAUGGCGACGUCGGCGACAACAGCAGGCGGGACGGGCUCAGGCGGAGGAACCGCGGGUCUGGUCGGCGGCGGAACGGCGGUAGCCCGAAAGAAAGACGGCGGACCUUCUACGAAAUAUUGGGAAAGUUCGGAAACAAUUUCUCAGCUUGAGACGGUGCGACUUUGGAUCGGAAAGCACUACAAGAAGUAUGUCCAGAAUGACUCUCCAUCCAGUAAGUCCCUGGCUGGCCUGGUGGUCCAGCUGCUUCAGUUUCAAGAGGAUGCGUUUGGACGCAGGGUCAACAAUCCUCCUCUUACCAAGCUACCUGCCAAAUGUUUCCUUGAUCUCAAGGCAGGAGGAACUCUCUGUCACAUCUUGGGAUCAGUAUACAAGUAUAAAAGUGAGCAGGGCUGGAGGAGAUUUGACCUGCAGAAUCCGUCUCGGAUGGACCGGAAUGUGGAAAUGUUCCUAAAUGUUGAAAAACACCUGGUCCAGAAUAACUGCCUGACACGGCCCCUCGUCUACCUGUCGCCAGAAAUUGAGCAGAAGCAAGUCAGCAAGCUCAAAGACAUCAUCAAGAGGCACCAGGGUUCGGUCACUGAGGACAAGUCAAAGGCAACUCAUCACAUUCACCCAUCUUUGACGCAGCAGGAAGACGAGGAGUGGCUGCGUCCGGUCAUGAGGAAGGACAAGCAGGUCCUCGUUCACUGGGGCUUCUACCCAGACAGCUAUGACACCUGGGUGUCAGGCGGUGAGGUGGAUGGUGAUGUGGAAGAUCCUCCCAGCUCUGAGAAACCCUGGAAGGUUCAUGCCAAGUGGGUUUUAGACACAGAUGCCUUCAAUGAGUGGAUGAAUGAGGAAGACUAUGAGCUGGACGAGAACAAAAAGCCUGUCAGCUUCCGACAGAGAAUCUUCCCCAAAGAGGAGGAGUCUUCCCGUACACCCGAUCGCAAGGAGCGCAAGGCAAACUCUGCGAGCAAGAAGAGGAGGCGCUCGCCCUCGCCGCCCAGCACUCCAGCCGAGUCCCGAAAAAAAGGAGGAAAGAAGGGGAACCCAGGGCCUCACUGGAAGCGACGGGGACACAGAGGAGAGGAAGAGGACACUGAGGAGGACAUGACGAAGGACAUGGAUGACUCCUCUGCCGGCGCCAGCAUGGAGGAUGGUGUGUCCAAGAAUGCUAAUUCAAAAAAAGACAGUGAAAAUACUCCAGUCAAGGGAGGGAAUAUGGCAGAUUUGGAUGACAUGGAGGAUGAUUCGGUGCUGUCCGGUGGCAAGGAUGAUGAUGAACAGGGCAAAGGAGAAGUCAAUCGGAUGGAUGCUGGAGAGGACAAUGUAACUGAGCAGACGCAUCACAUCAUCAUUCCCAGUUAUGCUGCCUGGUUCGACUACAACAGCAUCCAUGAGAUUGAGAGGAGAGCUCUUCCAGAGUUCUUUAAUGGGAAGAACAAAUCCAAGACUCCAGAAAUAUACCUGGCCUAUCGUAACUUCAUGAUCGACACGUACCGGCUGAACCCUCAGGAGUACCUGACCUCCACUUCCUGUCGCAGAAACCUGACUGGGGACGUCUGUGCCAUCAUGAGGGUUCAUGCAUUCCUGGAGCAGUGGGGUUUGGUAAAUUACCAGGUGGAUGCUGAGAGUCGGCCGUUACCCAUGGGCCCCCCUCCCACGCCCCACUUCACUGUGCUGGCUGACACUCCCUCUGGCCUCAUGCCCCUCAACCACCGGCCUCCACCUAUUCCUCCUCCUCAGCCAAUGCCCAACUUUGCAGAUAAGUCCAAAGACAAACCAAUUGACUUGCAGAACUUUGGUCUCCGCCCUGACCUCUACAAGAAAAACGCCAAACAGGGAAAAGGAGCCGGUACCACCAGAGAAUGGACCGAGCAAGAGACUCUGCUGCUGCUUGAGGCCCUGGAAAUGUUCAAAGACGACUGGAACAAAGUGUCGGAGCAUGUUGGUUCUCGCACCCAAGAUGAAUGUAUCCUGCACUUCCUGCGGCUGCCCAUUGAGGAUCCGUACCUGGAGAGCACAGAAACGUCUCUGGGCCCUCUGGCCUACCAGCCCAUUCCCUUCAGCCAGUCCGGAAACCCAGUAAUGAGCACAGUCGCCUUCCUGGCCUCUGUGGUGGAUCCCAGAGUAGCGUCUGCUGCAGCCAAGGCAGCUUUAGAGGAGUUUUCUCGCGUGCGUGAGGAAGUUCCUGCCGAGUUGGUAGAAGCUCACGUCAAGAAGGUCCAGGAGGCAGCAAGGAGCACCGGCAAGGUGGAUCCCACCUUUGGCCUGGAGAGCAGCGGCAUCGCAGGAACCGCACCGGAGGAGCCCGAAAAAACAGAAACCGCAGAGCCAGAAAAGAUGGAAACAGAUUCAGACUCCCAACAGGCUGAUAAGGCUGAGAUGAAGGAUGAGGCGGAAAAGCCCAGUGAGUCGGCAGAGAAAAGCGACAAGACGGAGAGCACAGAAAAGGUGAAGAAGGAGGGAGCAGAGGGAUCAGAGCAUGAACAGGAGAAGGAGGAAGAAGGAGAGACCAAAACGGCUUCAGCAGAUAAAGAUAAGGAUGAAACUAUGGACACCUCAUCUUCAGAUCAAGAGAAGGAGAAAGAGGACAAGACGGCUACUGAGGAGGGAGAGGAAAAGCAGAAGAAGUUGGAGCAUGACAUCGGAGAGGGAAACAUCGCCACAGCGGCCGCUGCUGCUCUCGCUUCUGCAGCCACCAAAGCCAAGCACUUGGCGGCGGUUGAAGAAAGGAAAAUUAAGUCCCUGGUUGCGCUGCUGGUGGAAACCCAGAUGAAGAAGUUGGAAAUCAAGCUGAGGCACUUCGAAGAGCUGGAGACCAUCAUGGACCGCGAAAAGGAAGCUCUGGAGCUUCAGCGGCAGCAGCUCCUCACCGAGCGCCAGGCGUUCCACAUGGAGCAGCUGAAAUACGCCGAGAUGAAGGCCAGACAACAGAUGGAGCAGCAAGCCGCUGCCGCCGCCGCUGCUGCUGCUGCGGCCGCCGCUGCCCAGGCUCAAGGUCAGGGCUCUGGACCCGGACCCCACCCCGGACCCCCUCCACAUGGUAUGCAUCACGGCGGACCCCCGCCCCACCACGGCGGCCCUCCUCCUGCUCACCAUGGAGGACCACCGCCCCACCACGCCGGGCCUCCCCCCCACCAUGGAGGACCGCCACCAGGUGCUGCAAUGCAUCCUGGGUUCCCUCCAAUGGGCCACCAUCCCAUGGCCCCC